AUGAUGGGUUCCGAACUUGGUAUGACGCCUGACAGCAAGCCAGAGGCCCGUGUCGAUGGCCUCGGCAUCUUCUAUAUUGUUUUCGCCACGGUGUGGACCUUUACACUCAUGGCUGGCAUGGCCUACCUCUGGAUGAAGCGUAAGGAGCAGAUUCUGCGCAUCCGCGGUCUUCCCAUAUCCUUUGCCGGCAUCCUCCUCAUGCACGUCUACUGGGUGUGCGUGACGACUGGCUACGUUUACGGCCCUCUGAUGCCCGAGGAGGCCGAGUACUGGAUCAUGGGUAUCUGGCUGCCGCUCGGCGUCGCCCUCUUCCACGCCUCCAAUACCCGUUUCCUCUACGUUGCCAACGCCCAGAAAAAGUACGCCAAGCGCACAACUGAACCAUACCGCAUCUUCACCCGCCGACCCGGUCGCAUCUCGCUGCGUGAGGCUGUCAAGGUCUGGUGGCAGCAGCUCGACUACAGCAACAAGACGCUCGCGACGGUCGGUGUCGGCAUGAGCGUGCACGUGAGCUUGACCAUCUUCAUGUUCCUCAUGUCCCGCAAGUUCCACGACUCGUUUGGUAUCAACGGCACAGAAGUCACGGGCACCCCCAUGGAGCGUGCGGCCGCACAGGGCCGCGGGUGGGAGUGGUGGCCUUCCAUCUUUUGGCAACUUUUCUGGGCCUGGCUCGUGGCGCCCGUCAUCCUCUUCCGCUCCCGCAACGUUCAUGACACGCAGGGCUGGCGGCUCCAGACCAUCGGCUGCUGUAUUUCCGGCCUCCAUGCAGCCCCGAUGUGGCUGGUUGCCCUGUACGCCCCCGGCAUGGCUCCCGUGAACAAGUUCUUUAUCCCACCGAUGUGGAUUGCCGUCUCCAUCAUGUUCCUCGAGAUCUUUACCGUCUUCAUCCCCAUCUGGGAGGUGCGCACAGCCCGCAGCCUGACGCAGGAGACGCUCGAGUCGAUUGCCCGGUGGGAGUCGCGCCAGCGGUUCGGUGGUGGCGGUGCCAAGGACGUCAAGUCGCUGCACUCGGAGAUGUCGGGUACCACGUGGGCCACGCGCAUGUCCCGCGCCACAUCGUCGGUGGGCGGCGGCUCUGGCGGCUCUAUCCUGACCAUGGACGCGCUCGAGCAUACGCUCGAGAAGAACCCCGAGCCCCUCCAGGAGUUCUCGGCGCUCAAGGACUUUUCCGGCGAGAACGUGGCCUUCCUGAUGCGCGUACGCGACUGGAAGAGCGAGCACAGCAUCAGCGUACCCAGGAGCCUGGGCAGCGCCAGCAGUGCCAUGAGCGGCAGCGAGGACGAGAAGCCGCCGAUCAGUCCGACCAAGACAAGCUCGCGCGAGAUGUUUGAGAGCGCGCUGCACAUCUACCUGGAUUUCAUCAGCGCUAGCUGUGCCGAGUUUCAGAUCAACCUGUCGUCGCAGGACUUCCGCGCGCUCGAGGCCAUUUUCGAGGAUGCCGCGCGCAUGGUUGUCAAUGAGGAGUCGACCUACGACGCGGCGACGCCGUUUGCCGACGCGCCGCGCACGGCCGCCGACAAUGCGGCUGCCGCGAUCCGCUACGCCGGCCCGGUGCCUGAUGCCUUUAACGAGAGCGUCUUUGCCGACGCAGAAAUCAGCAUUAAGUACCUCAUUCUGACCAACACGUGGCCCAAGUACAUUCGCCAACGCCGCUCGUUUGAUGCCACCAGCACUGCCGAGACUGUUUGA